UGAUGUAUGAUAAUUGAUAAUAAUAAUUUCUGUAAAAUUCAAAAUUCAAAUUCUUAUUAAUUUGUUAUGUUAACUUCGUUAAAAUGCCAGUGGAUUUACAUAGGCUCAUCCAAGGAUGGUUGGAAUUAGAAAGCGAUCCUGGUUUGUUUACUUUGCUUUUAGAAGAUUUUGGAGUGAAAGGAGUUCAGCUAGAAGAGAUUUAUGACCUUCAGAAACCAUUGGACGGUCCAGUUUAUGGUUUUAUAUUUUUGUUCCGAUGGAUUGAGGAGCGUCGUAGCCGCAGAAAAAUUGUAGACCAAACAGACAUAUUUGUCAAAGAUGACGACGCUAUUAACAGUAUAUUUUUUGCACAGCAAAUGAUACCUAAUAGUUGUGCUACUCAUGCCCUGCUGUCUGUUUUGCUAAACUGCUCAGAUAUACAUCUAGGUGAGACAUUGGGACAUCUUAAGGAACAUACUCGGGGUAUGAAUCCAGAAAAUAAAGGAUGGGCUAUUGGAAACACUCCUGAAUUAGCACGAGCACACAAUUCACAUGCUAUGCCAAAAAGUAGACCACGUAUGGAUAAGACACCGGGAUUAACAACUGGACGGUUUACCGGUGAGGCAUAUCACUUUGUCAGUUAUGUACCCAUUAAUGGUCAUUUAUAUGAAUUGGACGGAUUGAAACCAUAUCCCAUGGACCAUGGGCCUUGGGCUGAAGAAGAAGAUUGGACUGAAAAGUUUAGAAGAGUGAUAAGUGAUCGACUUGGAGCAGCAGCUGAGUAUAGUGAUAUACGAUUCAAUCUGAUGGCUGUUGUUCCAGACAAACGAUUAGCUAUUACCCACAAAUUAAAUAUGCUCAAAACAAAUAGACGAAUUGUAUUAGAAGCUUUACAACAACUUGUACUAGUAGAUGAUUUUGAAAAAAAAAGAAAAAUCAAUGAUAAUGAUCAAUCACCAAAAUGUGUAAAAAAAGACAUUUCACCCAUUCCUGGCACUUCAAAAGACUAUAAUGAAGAAAAGACCUGUCCAGAAUCAGAUAAUAUUGUAGUAAUCCGUGUACAAUCAUCAAGUAGUGGGUCAGAAGGUGACGGAAAUCCAAAAGACAUAAAAAGUGUAUGUCUAGAAGCAGGAGCUAUGCCUAAAGGAUGGGAAACACCUUCAAGUCAUUCUUCAGAUAAAGAAGAUAAUAAUGAUCAAAAAUUGGAAAAUAAUAUAAAAUCCAAUCAUACAUUUUCUCCUAAAGACUUAUUGGCUCUAGUCAAAAAUUUAGAACUUGAAAUAAACAUGAGUGAAGGUAUCUUACGAGAGGAGAAUGAAAAACGUAAUAAAUAUAAAAUUGAUGAUUGUCGACGUACACACAAUUAUGAUCAGUUUAUAUGCACGUUUUUAACUAUGUUAGCCCAAAAAGGUAUAUUACCUGAUUUAGUUCAACAACACUUGGGCGCACAAAAAAAAAAUACAAGUGCACAGCUUUCACUUUCUGUACAAUCUCAAUCUACAAAUCAAACACAGGUGAAAUCAAAAUCCAAUAAACCAAAUUCAAAAAGUAAUACAGCGUCAACUACAACAAGGCUCAGGACAAAACGCAAGAAAACUACUAAAAAAGGACGUAAAUCAUGACAGGUCAUUAUUAUUACUCGAGAAUAUUUCACUUGAGUGCUUCGUGUAUUGUUGGUGGAAGUAAAUCUUUAUGCCUAUUGUAGGUCUUUCUCCAUUUAUAGUUGUUAUAAUACAUCACUGCUAUUAACAUUGUUAUCAAUCUAUAGUUUUUAAAUAUAAUAAGCAAUUUAUAAUAUGUUUAAUGGCUUUGUCAUUAAAUUAAAACAUACUAACUUAUUUUACAUUAGUCAUAACUCAUAAAUAAUGUAUACUUUACCUGAAAGAAUUUGAGAUGAGAAGCUUACUUAUAACUAAUAUUUGCUGUUCCUCUUGUUAAAUUUCUACGGGAAUAGUGAUACAA